CCCCGCCCCCGACCCGCGGCUGCGGCGGCCCAGCGCGGCAGUCGGCGCUGCAAGCCGAGCGGCGCUGAGGGUGCAACUUGCGGGCGGGGGCCCAGGAGUGAGCGCUGCCUUUGGGGCUUCUCUCCGCGCGCCAGGGCGCGGGUACCACCGCGGGACCCUCCGGCGGGCGCUGGGCUUGGAGCGCCGAGAGUCGGGGGCAGCCCGCUGGGGCACCGUGACCAUGGCGCUGCGUGCCCGGGCGCUGUAUGACUUCAGGUCGGAAAACCCGGGGGAGAUCUCGCUACGGGAGCAUGAGGUGCUGAGCUUGUGCAGCGAGCAGGACAUCGAAGGCUGGCUCGAGGGGGUCAACAGCCGCGGAGACCGCGGCCUUUUCCCAGCCUCGUACGUGCAGGUGAUCCGCGCCCCUGAGCCCGGCCCGGCGGGUGACGGCGGCCCGGGCGUUCCUGCCCGCUACGCCAACGUACCACCCGGCGGCUUCGAGCCCUUGCCCGCCGCGCCGCCCGCCUCUUUCAAGCCGCCGCCGGACGCCUUCCAGCCACUACUGCAGCCGCAGCAGGCGCCGCCGCCAAGCACCUUCCAGCCGCCAGGCUCCGGUUUCCCUUACGGCGGGGGCGCCCUGCAGCCUUCGCCGCAGCAGCUUUACAGUGGCGGCUACCAGGCCAGCCAGGGCAGCGACGAUGACUGGGACGACGAGUGGGACGACAGCUCCACGGUGGCUGACGAGCCGGGCGCGCUGGGCAGCGGCGCGUACCCGGACCUCGACGGCUCUUCUGGGGGCGUCGGCGCGGCGGGACGCUACAGCCUUUCCACGCGCUCCGAUCUGUCUCUGGGCUCCCGCGGUGGCUCGGUGCCGCCGCAGCAUCACCCGUCGGGGGCUAAGAGCUCUGCCACCGUGAGCCGAAACCUCAACCGUUUCUCCACCUUCGUCAAGUCCGGCGGGGAGGCCUUCGUGCUGGGCGAGGCGUCCGGCUUCGUGAAGGACGGGGACAAACUGUGCGUGGUGCUGGGGCCCUACGGCCCUGAGUGGCAAGAGAAUCCCUACCCCUUCCAGUGCACCAUCGACGACCCCACCAAACAGACCAAGUUCAAGGGCAUGAAGAGCUACAUCUCCUACAAGUUGGUGCCCACGCAUACUCAGGUGCCUGUGCAUCGGCGCUACAAGCACUUCGACUGGCUCUAUGCGCGUCUGGCGGAGAAAUUCCCCGUCAUCUCGGUGCCCCAUCUGCCCGAGAAGCAGGCCACUGGCCGUUUCGAAGAGGACUUCAUCUCCAAACGCAGGAAGGGCCUGAUCUGGUGGAUGAACCACAUGGCCAGUCACCCGGUGCUGGCGCAGUGCGAUGUCUUCCAGCACUUCCUGACGUGUCCCAGCAGCACCGACGAGAAGGCCUGGAAACAGGGCAAGAGGAAGGCGGAGAAGGACGAGAUGGUGGGCGCCAACUUCUUCCUGACCCUUAGCACACCCCCCGCCGCCGCCCUUGACCUGCAGGAGGUGGAGAGCAAGAUCGAUGGCUUCAAGUGCUUCACCAAGAAGAUGGACGACAGCGCGCUGCAGCUCAACCACACAGCCAACGAGUUCGCGCGCAAGCAGGUGACGGGCUUCAAGAAGGAGUAUCAGAAGGUGGGCCAGUCCUUCCGGGGCCUCAGCCAGGCCUUUGAGCUGGACCAGCAGGCCUUCUCCGUCGGCCUGAACCAGGCCAUCGCCUUCACCGGAGAUGCCUACGACGCCAUCGGCGAGCUCUUCGCCGAGCAGCCCAGGCAGGACCUGGACCCUGUCAUGGACCUGUUAGCGCUGUAUCAGGGGCAUCUGGCCAACUUCCCCGACAUCAUCCACGUUCAGAAAGGAGCUCUUACCAAAGUAAAGGAGAGUAGGCGACAUGUGGAAGAAGGGAAGAUGGAGGUCCAAAAGGCUGAUGGCAUUCAGGAUCGCUGUAACACUAUUUCUUUUGCCACUUUGGCUGAAAUUCACCACUUCCAUCAAAUUCGAGUAAGAGACUUUAAAUCACAGAUGCAGCAUUUCUUACAACAACAAAUAAUAUUUUUCCAAAAAGUGACGCAGAAGUUGGAAGAGGCCCUUCACAAAUAUGAUAGCGUUUAAUGAUUGGACAUUGGAUUGUGGGCUUUUUUCAGUUCAAGGAUACAUUUCUACAGCAGAAUAAAAACUGCUAUCCAAGAGCUAUUGCCAACUAUCAGCAGUGGUACAAGGAUGGUUUUGUGUUGAACUGAAACUCGGCUGAAUAUAUAAUUAUGUAGGAAAGAAACAGUUAAUAUGGUUAUAUAAUAGAAACAGUACCACACAUUGUAACUAAAUUAUACUGUGUAUGCCUACACUACCAUUGUAACUUUUGGAAUAAUGAUUAUACUAUUUGCCUUAUUGCUUUUUGAAGUAUGGGUAUUUUAGUGCAUACUUUGUAGACCUCAAAAACCCAUGAAGGGUCUCAAAGAAGCUGGCUGGAUAAAAGCCUGCUGUGGAUGCCUUUUUACUCUCAUAGAUUGGGAUUACCUAAAUUCAACCUAUUCUCUGUUUACAAACUCCAACUAGAGCAGCUAUGCGACUUUGUGCCUUUAGACUCUUGGUUUUUCAUUUCUCCCUCCCCCCACCCCUUUUUUAAAGUAACCACAACUUUUCUGAUCGCAAGAGUGAAAGGUCAGGGCACUCAAUGACAAAAUGCCUGGAGCCUCCUACUGGCGCUGGGGGUGGGGUGGGUGCGAUGAUUAGCUGUCAUCAGUUUGCCCAGGAGUUUUGUUUCCUGAGACCUGCUGGCCAGCGCAGCAGAGGGAGAUUCAUGCUCGUCUUUGGAUAUGGUGUCUGUUAGGGAAGAAAAUGGUGCCACUCUGUUCCCUUAGAUGCUACAGUAGCAUAGCCUCUUCACUCAAGUGUCCUGGAACCUUGGUGUGGAGAUUAAAUCCAACAUGUCUUAUAACCCAGAGAAGGAGUCUAAUCAGUCGGGGACAUGAGCACAGAAUCAGUGACAACACACACUUGGUUGUAGUUCUUAGGAGGGUUUUCUUUUUCUCUUUUUUUUUUUUUUUUUUUUUUUAGCUUGAAGAUUUUCUUUUAAUAUUCAGUGGUUUUUGUUUUUUUGUUUUUUUUUUUAAUGGAUCUACACUGUUAACUGAUUGAGACUCCACUGUGAUUCACUCGUUUACUUAAUCAAAAACUUUUCAGGGAUGUCUGUAAAAUUCAGUGUUAUACGUGAUGAAAAGUAGUGUUGGUAGAUCUAAAGAGGGACCAGAAAUCAUUUCUACUAUUCCAAAUGCUGGCCGAAAAAAAGUAAUUAUGAGUUGGUUUUGGUUUUUUAUUUUUAUUUGUUUUGUAUUGAUAAGCCCCCAGGACCUUUAACCUUAAAAAUUAUCUUAAGUAUAUUCUUUUAUUAUUAUAAGGGAAAUACAAAUAGCUGAUAAAUACCAAAAAGAUUCAAAAGCAGCUUAAUUCAAAAAGCACAAAGAGAUUCUGGUUUGAAACACCAAAAUCUCAAUGUUUUUAUAGUUGCUGAGCUCAGUAAUGUGAUUCUUGAGUUUACAGGUUUAAAAACUGUCACUGAAAGGUUAAAAUAGCUACUGUUUUUAAUGAAGUCAAACUUAAUGCUGCCUCAGAAAUCCCUGGGUAUUAAAAUGGUAACAUAGAAGUAAAGAGGUGAGUUUGAAAUGUUGGUGAGUCACAUUGAUUAAAGAAAAGGGUCAUUUGCUGAUAGCCAUACAAAGAGAAAGUUAUUGAAAUGAUUACUCAACAGCACAUUUACUCUAAAAAGUAAUCUCACGUGGGUUGGAUUUUUAAGAUCAGAGUAUCAUAAUUUUGAUCAAAAUUUUAUACCGUAGGUAACUUAGAGCCAGAUUUAACAUCGUGUGGCUUUGUCUCUACUACCGACACAUGGAACUGUAACCAAAUAUACUGUUCUCUAAAAAGUAAUUUUGUCCUGUUGGUUACAAAAUACAGUUCUAUAAACAAAACCCAUAUAUAUAUAUAUAUGUUAAUUUUAUUGCAGAAGUUUGGAGAUUAUAAUUAAUAGCAUUUAAUUUAAGUUUGAGUCUAUAUUGGACAAAUAAGCACUAUGCUUUUCAAAUGAUUUGGAAAUCAGUUUUAUUUGCCUCCUUUUUUGACAGUGGUUUGAUUUUUUGGUUGUUGUUGUUUAAGCAAAAUCACUUAACUUGUGCAAUGGUAGCAUGGAAAUUAUCUGAGGUGUCUUUUGUAUGAUCGUGCUUUGGCCAGGGUGGACAUAGUUUAAAUUAUAAAGCUAAGGAUUAAAGAAGAAGGAAGUUUAAGUUCAUGCUGCCUGUUUAGAAGAGAACUUUAAUUCUUCGUAACUAUAUAACAUUAUAAUGCCACUGAUUCAUAAGGGGUUUAAAUUAAUUCUGUGGGGUAGGACACCCGAAUUAUUAGUGUUCAUUUUCAUCUAAGAUCUUUAUAUCUCUAACGUUCUUGGUCCUAUUGAAACAUUUCAGUAUACAAAAAUACUGCAAUGUUAAUACCCAAGAGAAAAGCCAUCAUAAUGUGUAUGCUGGUCAUUAUGAUCAGUAUGGUACAAUUUUUUAAAAUAAACUAUCAUGCCCUUCAUGCCAUUAUUUGUCUUUAUUUCUGUAAUUUAUAAUUUGGAUUUAUGAUGUAUUUAGAACAAGAGGGAGUGCACUUGAGCCUGGCUUUGCUAUUUUAAUUAGAGACAGGGUCGUUUAUGUGCUAUAACUAUAAUGCAGCAGGACUGGUUCUGCAGCCAUACUUUGGAGCCCCAUUUCUCUUCUAGGCUAUUGUAUCUGAAGGUACAGUUUAAACCUAGAAUAAAGGAACACAUUUGAAAGUGAAAUGGGAAAGUCAGUACGUGGCUUGAAUGGCUGUAACUGGGAUUUUCCUUGGUUGGGCUGCACUGAUACAGUUGUCUUACAUUUAUUCAUAAAAAUACAGCAGAUUCUGAAAUGCCCAUUUUUAUUUGUGUUGAGUUUUGCUGCUGUUCUCAUUACUAAGGGCUUGAAAAAUGUUUUAGUCUUGCAAGUCAAACGUGAAGUUUCUGUAUCAACUUUUAAAUGUCACUCUUUACUAAGUUCAUUUUUUUCUAUUCAUUUACUAAACCAUUUUUUCCAUAUAUGCCUUUCUUUCCUCAGAAUCAAAUACCAUGUCUGAUACUUUUAAAUCUGUAAGCACAUUAUCCAAUUUUCUCUUUUCCAGCCUUAUCUUUGGUUAACAGAAUAAGUAAAACAGGGUAUUAUUUAUUUUUAGACUAAAAAUGUUGAAUAUUGUUUUAUUUCUUUCAAAAUGUUAUGGUUAGUGCAGAUCAACCAUGUUUAUCUUUUAAAAAAUAAACAAAGGUUGCUUUA